UCCGUUCACGAGAGCGGGCGUGUUUUUCUUUUCAUUCCUCUUUUCCCAUGUUUUCCAAAACGAUCGAGCACAACGACAUUCUCUAAACAACAAAGUGCGGAAAAAAAAGAAACGUUGCCAAUUUUGAAGAUAUUUUAAGUGUUUACAUUCGCAGAAGGAGGAAUUCUAGCAUAACGCCCCAAACAAGGAAUGAGUUGAAGGAUAACAUCGCCUGGAGGAAGAAAAAGAUCAUAUUAAAAAAAAAAAUAAAAAAAAAAAAUACGAAAAUGUUGAGCAGUAAGCUCAAAUCGUGGAUGGAAUCGCAUCUGACGCGGAAGAAAUCCUCCUCCGGAAGUAGUGGUACGAGCACGAGUAAUAAAAAAUGCACAUCCGCAUUCCACGGUUCGGGUAGUAACAGCACAGGCAGUUACAAAGAAUUGUCGCCAGCUGAUAGGAUCGCUCAUCCAGCUUCUGGACUCGUCAAUCUUGUUCCAGCUGUCCCACUAUGCUCCACAAGCGGCCGCAGCAAUGCCGGAUUGGUCAUCCGGCUUCAGAACGAUUUCAGAGAGAACCAGCACGCAUCGCCUUGUCAUCUCAGACAUCAACAUCCGUCAUGGACACGCAGUCCAGUCAUGUUGGCCUGGAAUACGAAAAUUCAUCCUCCUCCUGUACCGCAAAGACCAAUCGAACCGCCCCUUUCGCCGCCAUCUUCCCACUGUUCCACCAUCAUUCAGCAGAAUGGAGAACCUUCGCCAACUGGAAGUGAUUGGACGUCAAAGAGUUUUGCCGAUGAAAGCGGAAUAGGACGGACCGAUCGUGAUGGAUCCCUUUCGUCCAGCAAAGCCAAUACGACGGGAUCUUCGAUUGGAACGGGCGAUUUUCAUCACGAAUCAGCCGGAAGGCGGAUCAAUGCCCCUUCGCUAUCCUCGCCAGAGUCGGCCUACUCGACGGGAUGUUCGGCCGACGGAGUCUCGCCCAGUCAAGACGGAACGUACGAUUCCAACUUUCAUCCGCACCAACCGCUGGCCGCUUUGCUCCUCGAUCCAAUAUGGAGGAGAUCGACGCUGGAAGCGGACGCGUCCGGAUCAAACUCGUCGACCCAAUCGCCGAGGACGCGGCCGGCCAUUCGAACGAAUCCGUGGCUUCCAGUGAGGACCAGUUUGACAUCGGCCGGAUCAACAACAUCAGACCGAGCGUCGUGGAUGACGGACUCGACGCCCGAGGCUCCGUUAUCCGAGAUCUGCCCACCGGCCGUGAAGGAAACGGAUAUCGUGAGCAGCGGGGAAGAUCCAGCAGAUGAUCCCAUAGCGGCGGCCAUGGCCGCCUGUGCGGCCAACGACGAACUCGAUCAAUUGUGCGAUUCCCUCCAGUUGCUGAUGGACGGGGAUAAUUUGCGCGUCGUCAGCACAACGGGCCAGCCAGCGCAUCGGCAAGUAGCGACGGUGGCGCCACACCAGACAGCAAAAACGGGAUACAGCCCGGCCGUGGAUCGAAGACGCGCAACUGAAGUCGACGUCGACGAUCAGUACACGCUGCUGAUCCGUCAAACGGAAGAGAUUCUCCUGCAACUGGAGAAGGAUGAAAUGCUCUUAUGCAGCCGGAAAAACAUGAACCAAGACGAAACAGAUGCUGCAGCUCUUCAUCUUCUUCCGGCCGGCAAGAACAACAUCAGCAGACAGCCUUGUUCUCUCUCUUCCGGCUCGCAUUUAAAACAGCCCCGCAGGCGAUUGAGGAAAAGGCCAACGUCACGAAGACGCUGCUCCAGCCGGAACAGCGCCAUCUUGUGCUCAUCGCCGUCCUCCAGUUCGGAAUCUUCCGAUUGCGAGUACUUGGAUAACAACAGCAGACGGACGUCAUCCGACUGGAACGCCAACCGACGUCCGAAAAACAUGAACAGUCUGAGUAAAGGAAUCACCCCUCGUUUUGCCCAGCGUCAAAGUGUUCGAGUGCUUCCGCAAACGCCAUCGCUUCUUCCGGCCCAGCCGCCUCGCGACUGCUGGAUCCUGGGCAGUCAGAAGCCCAGCUGUUCUCCAGACGAUUGGACUACGGAACACGACAGGCCUCCAUCGCCGGCCCCGAUGGACCCGCACUGCCAUUGGGCCAGCCAUCCCGUGCGCCAUUGCGAACGGAUGGCCGUUGCUGCAACGCGAUCGCCUUCCGUCUCGAGUUGCAGCAGCAACAGCCGAAGGAAUUCACGCGUUCGUGCAAAAAAUUGCGCCGGACACUUGAGUUCAUCGGGACCGACAUCUCCGGUCAUGCGACUCGAUGCUUGGCCGGACGAUGAUUACCACCCGCAAACAAACAACGGGGGCGCUGGGCGGCGCUGGCGCCAGUCCAUGACGAGAGAACAGCAACGUCUCGAAUCUCAGAUCGCCUUCCUCCGGCGCCAGUUGAAAGACGUCACCGACGACUAUUACGAUUACGAUAGAGGAGCUCGAACGCCCUCCAGCACUUCAGACUCUUCAUCUCAUUCUCACCGUCUGAAAUAAAGAGCCGACAUAGAAAAAAAAAAAA